AUGGACGCAUAUCCGCCGCUCUACACGGAGCAUAAUCUACCGCUGGUGCUCCUAUCUGGACUUGGCGAAAGGGAAGAUGCUGGCCAUCAACUUGAUAUACCGCGACAGGAAAGUGGUGCUCGAAUCAAUGGUGAAACACCGGAGAGUCGAACUGAGCCGGCUGAACGGCUCUUGGACGAAGUAUUGGCCUUGGAUGGAUCGAAUCAUGCCUGGAAUUCCGGAGCUCUGCCUGGACCCUCCAGCGGCAUCAAGUAUAAGAUGAAGACGAUUGGGAGGUCGUACACCCUACCAGCUAGGAAAGCAGCACCAUUACCACAAUCACCAAGCCUAGGAGGGAGUCCGCCACCACGGAAUACUGAGCUUCAUUCACCUUUGUCGCCCCUAUCUCCAGGCUCUCCCAUUUUCCCAGAUGGUGUUUUCACACCUCGAUGGUUCUCCAAACAUCAACAACAGGUCCCGGCGCUCUUCCUUGCCUUCUUUGACCUCAACGCCAACGAGGCAUCGCAGGAUGAGCAGAUCAAGGCUGACAUCAACGGCAUCCGCAGCGCAUUGAGCCGAUCUGGAUUCAAGACCCGGCUCGCUGUCAUACUAAUCAGCGACAAGAGUAUUCUCCAUGCUCCGGAGAUAGAAGAUCGGCUGGGGAGGAUAAGGCGUGCCACAACUCUGGACCCCAAAACUGGGCUGUUCUUCAUGCCACCGAUGUCCUCGCAGGCUGAGAUUGCGACAUUCUCCCAGGACAUGAUGCGCGCUUUGCAACCGUCUGUCGUUGAGUACUAUCGUGACCUUACGAAACAUGCGCGCCGGAAGAAGGCACGAGGUGGUCCGCCGCCAUCGCUUUACUCACCGGUUGGUGGAUCGUCACAGAGUACUUCGACUUCUGGCUGGAAUGUGCGAUACGAGGUGAAGCAAGGUGUCUUUGCUGAGUUUCGACAAGAAAUGGACGUAGCUGAGCGCCACUACUCCGCUGCCAUCGAGGAAUUGUUCAGCUCGGAAGGUGGUGUGCUUGAAACAACGCACAGCUGGUCGCCCCGGUUCAACGAAGCACGUCUCUUGUGUGAUGCCGCAGCUAUUCGUGUAAUCAGAUGCCAGCUCUGGGCCGGCUACACGACAGGCGCUGCGCAGUCAUGGCACAACUAUAAGCUUCGAAUGAAGGACCUCGUCGAUCGUCGUGGCAAAGGCUCUCUCACAUAUGGCUGGGAUGCGUGGGAAGCGAGAUGGGCUGCAGUCAUGUCCGAGCUGAUACGUCUAUCAGGAACGCCUGCGCUGAGAGCACCUUCGCCGGAUGACUCUGAGCCGACAGCUGUGCUACAAACAUUCGCGCCGCAUGAAAGACCAGCCGCUGCGCCAGAUCGCAUGCUGCCGUUCCACUUCUUGCAUCACUCAGGGUACUGGUUGCGACUGCUGGCGGCUGGUAUCAGGAAUAGGUGGGAGAAAGCACUCGCCAUACCAGAUGAAGACCGCGUUCCACCCGGACAAUCUACUGCUUCUAUGGUCGCCAGCAGGUCCAAGAACUACGAUACGUACCUUGCUCUCGGUCCGCAUGAUGAAGUGAAUCACGAUCAUAUGACCGAAGUGGCCAUCGCCUGCGAUCGGGCUGCCCAGGAGUUUGACGCUCGCCAGCAGAUACGUAUGAGUCAACAGAUAAGACUUGAUCUCGCCGAAGAUUUGGUGAGAGUCGAACGGUACGCAGAUGCUCUGCAGGUUCUGAUAGACCUGUGGGAGACCUCUGCAUGGCGAGUUGAUGAGUGGCGAACACCGUUCAGCAGGUUACUGAUACUGCUGUCUGAUUGUGCUAAGCGAGACAUGUCCAGUGCAACGGCAUCACUGAUUCCCGCCUUGACCUGGGAACUGCUCAGUACGGCACCUGUGGAAAUGCCGGAUGGCUUGCCAAGCAUUACGAGUUGUCUCGAUUCAUGGCCUGUCGAUGAGAAAGUAGAGCUACACUUGCAGAGCACGGACCGAUUGAGCCCGAUCAGAGCCACUUUUGCAUUCAGAAGCAGAGAGGCUCAUGUUGGUGAGGCAUUUGAAUGCCAACUCAUCCUCGACUAUGCCGGCGCAGAAUCUGCCCAGUCUGUGGCCCUAUCGAAAGUGGAAAUUCGCCUUGGAGCGAAAUCACUCAUCAUCCGACACGAUGAGAGCAGUACGGUCGGUGGAUCUGCUAUCGCACUAUCAGACCUUCCUAAGGCCCGUGAGGUGGAAGAUGGCAAUCUCGAGACAGCGGCCAACCUGCUUCUUGCGACCCAGCAAAGGACGAUACUGCGAAUGUCUUUGUGUCUGCGAGACGCAGUCACUCACGAGGUCGAGUCCAUCACGCUAUUCCUCGAGACUGAUAAAUUCACGUUGAGUCACCGUCUCGCGCCCGACGCGAUUCUGCCAGGCAAUUUGUGGUACUUUGGGCACGAAGGCGUAUUGGACAACACCCUUGUACCACACAUGGACCCCAAAACCAUCAAGAUUUUACCGAAGCCACCGCGCAUGCAGGUGUUGCUCCACGGCCUGCGGAGCCAAUACUUCACUGACGAAGCUGUUCAAUUGGAUGUUGAGCUCGUCAACGAAGAAGACGAAACAGUACACGCCACGAUCUCAACCAAGGUUAUCGGAACGCCCGGAGGUACAUGUACUUUCAAAUGGUCCGACAAGGACGACGACAAGGCUGUCCGGACAGUGACAGGCUUAGAGGCUUCCGCUUCGGACAAAGCACAGCUUGUCAUAUACGGACCUCCCGAGGCCGCGUCGUUCACUUUGUCGCUCGACCUGAGAUACACGCUCGUUUCAGAUACGAGCACACCAUUGGCCAAGACGAUCUCGGUAGAGGUUCCCUUUGUGGUGCCUUUCGAGGCGAAGUUCGCAUUCAGCCCCAGGCUUCACCCCAACCCUUGGCCCAGCUACUUUGCUCUCAAUGCCGACAGCUCUGACGGUGCAGCGGACGGCAUUGCGCAGCUAUGGAAGCUGGGCUGUCGCUUCAACUCAUUGGUGCCCGACACGAUCCAGCUCGACAAGGUUGAGCUCCUUGUGAAUGGUGUUGAUGGCGACUCAACAUGUCAAGUGACAACACCGAUCGUCGACAAGCAGCUCGAGUUGUCACAGACUACGAAAUCGAUCUCGAGCUACGAGCUCACGACACAGAAAAUGUCCUUGGAUGACCGCUCACCCAGCCACCUCGAACUAUCCAUCGUAGUCACGUGGCGCCACAACACCAUCUCAACCCCAGCAACCACAACCAUAACAAUCCCCCGCCUCACCAUCCCUGCCUCCGAGCCAAGGGUCCUCUGCACAGCAUCAUCCGACACGCCGCAUUCAGCACGUCUUACGUACCACCUGGAGAACCCUUCCACCCAUUUCCUGACCUUUGCAUUAACAAUGGAUACCAAGGAUGACUUCGCAUACAGCGGUCCUAAAUACCGGACCCUCAGCCUCGCGCCGCUGAGCCGGCAUCGUGUUGAUUACUGCGUGAUGCUCCGCGAUGAGCUGGAUGAGGCAGAGCGUGGGAGGUGGGUCACGCCGAUUCUGCAGGUUAUGGAUUCGUAUUAUCAGAAGACUUUGAGGGUGCAUCCGGGUGGGGAGAGGGUCAGGGUUGAUGAGAGGAAGGAGGUUGCUGUGUGGAUUGGGAGUUGCGGUGAGCCCGUUUGA